UGGAUGAGAUACGCAUCGCCGAACAGGAGGGGCGGGAGGAGCGGGAGGAGCGGGAGGAGGGAUGGGAAAAGGAGCGGGAAAAGGACGAGUGGGAGGAGGAGCGGGAGCAGGUGCGGGAGAAGGAGCAGGAGGGGAAAUGCGAAGGGGCGGAGGAGCCGCGGGAGGAGGAGCUGGAGAAGGAGGAGCGACCAGGGAAAUGGGGAGGGGGUUAGGAGCGGGAGGAGCACGAGGAGAAACGGGAAGGGGUGGAGGAGGCGAGGGAGGAGGGGCGGUAGAAGGAGCGGGAGUAGGAGCGGGAGGGGAAACAGGGAGGGGGUUAACGAACACGCGGGAGGCGGAGGAGGGGGAGGAGAUAUAGGCCGAGGAGGAGAAGCGGGAGGAGCACGAGGACGAGUGGGAGAAGCGGGAGGAGGAACGGGGGAAAGAGGAGGAAGCAGCGGAAGAAGGAGAAGCAGCAGGUGGGAGAGCGGGAGAAGGACGAGCGGGAGAAGGAGCGGGAGGAGGAAACGGGGGAAAGAGCAGGGGAAGCAGCGGGAGAAGGAGAAGCAUCAGGAGGGAGAGCGGGAGAAGGAGCGGCAGGGGAAACAGGGAGGGGGUAGGGAGAGGGAGAAGGAGCACGAGAAGAAACGAGAAGGGGCGGAGGAGGCGCGGGAGGACGGGCGAGGAGGGGGAAGAGAUAUAGGUGGAGGAGGAGAAGCAGGAGGAGCAGGAGGACGAGCGGGAGGAGCGGGAGGAGGAACGGGGGAAAGAGCAAGCAGCAGCGGGAGAAGGAGAAGCAACAGGAGAGAGAGCGGGAGAAGGAGAAGGAGGAGGAGAGGGAGGGGCAACAGGAGAACGAGCGGGAGCCGGGCUAUGGCGGGAUGUUUGUCACGUUGUUUGGCGGAGGAGGAAAAGGAGGAGGAGGAGGAGCGGGAGAAGGAGCGGGAGGAGGAGCGGGAGAAGGAGCGGGAGGAGGCGUGGAAAAAGGAGCGGGGAAGGAGCUGGAGUGAGGCUAUGGCACGGGAAGAGGAGCGGGAGGAGGGGGAGGACGAACUGGGGGAAAAGAAAAAUAAGCAGCGGAAGGAGGACGAGCAGCAGGAGGAGCGGGAGGAAAAGCAAGAGAGGGAGCGGGAGAAGGAGUGGGAGGAGGAGAGGGAGGAGGAGCGAGAGAAGGAGCGGGAGCGGGGCUAUGGCGGGAUCUUCCUCAUGUUGUUUGGCGGAGGAGGAGCAGGAGAAGGAGGGAAUGGGAGGAGCGGGAGGAGGAGAGGGGCGGGAAGAGGAGCGGGAGGAGCGGGAGGAGGGAUGGGAAAAGGAGCGGGAAAAGGAGCAGGAAAAGGACGAGUGGGAGGAGAAGCGGGAGCAGGUGCGGGAGAAGGAGCGGGAGGGGAAAUGCGAAGGGGCGGAGGAGCCGCGGGAGGAGGAGCUGGAGAAGGAGGAGCGGCCAGGGAAAUGGGGAGGGGGUUAGGAGCGGGAGAAGGAGCACGAGGAGAAACGGGAAGGGGUGGAGGAGGCGAGGGAGGAGGGGCGGUAGAAGGAGCGGGAGGAGGAGCAGGAGGGGAAACGGGGAGGGGGUUAACGAACACGCGGGAGGCGGAGGAGGGGAAGGAGAUAUAGGCCGAGAAGGAAAAGCGGGA